AUGAAGAAAAAUUCUACAACUGCUGUAUUAUCAGUUGGUGAAGCUGACUUGUUAUUAUUACAGUCACCAUAUCGUGAAAGUGUAUGGCAAGAUACUUUACGUUCAGACACUAUAGAAUCAGAUUCACGUUUCUUAUAUGUAACAAGUGAUAAUCUUACACAACAAUUUGGAUAUACAGAAGAAAUACAACCUAAUUCAUUUUUGUAUAACCGAUUGUCUAUACCUGCCAGUAAUGCACCUAAGAAUGAGUGUCAAACACUUGGUCGUCACUUGAAACGUCAUACAACAGCAUUUACGCAGCGCAAUUAUCAGGGUCAAGAAUGUAGUAUCAGAAUAAUUAGUAAUCCAAUGUCAAGUAAGAAGCAACAUCAUCAUGUGCAACAAGAACUAACUCAACAAUUCCUUAAUCCACAACUUUUCCUAUCAGAUUAUUCUCCAGAAAAUAUGAAAUAUAUCAAUCAACAAAAUAAUAAUAAUAAUAAUGCAUUAACAAAUUCUGUAAUAGUUAGUGAAUCCUGGUUAAACAACUCAAACCAAUUGAUGAUGUUAAAUGGAAGUGCUAGUGCGUCAUUACAUCGUAAACAAAUAUCACCAGUUUAUUUACAUGAUGAACGUACUACCACAGUAUUAUGUAGUGAUCUGUUAAAUCACAAUGAUAUUACACUAUCAACUAUGAAUAAAUCGAAAAACAUUACAACUAUAAAAAAUUCACCUGUGAUCUCAUCACCAACUAAUCGACAUCAAUCUACUUGUCAAAUGUUAUCACCUCUACCUAUGUGUCUAUCACAGAUUUGUAAUGAUGAAUCAAGUUUGACUACAUCUUCCCAACAUCAACAUUAUCAGAGUAAUGUUAAUCAAGAUUGGAUGAUUUCAGGUUACCGUAGACAACCUUUAUUAAAUACAGAUGAUAUACAUCAUAAAGAUUUUUUAGAACAUAAUAAUAGUAAUAAUCAAUCUACAUUAGACAGACAAGAUUGUACAACAAUAGAAAUGUUAAAUGUUUCUUCACCUAUAUGUCCAUUGAACUCUCCAUGGCAAAUAAGAAAAACAUUAGAGAAAUCUUUGAAACAGAAUCAAUCCAAUUGUUGUUCAACUAAUCAACAAUGUGAAUUACACAGUCCAUUAAUAGAUCAUACCAAUAUCCAUGAAAAUCAUUUACAACUUAAUGAAGUAUUAGAAUUAAAUGAAACUAGUUCAUUUACUCAAAGUCCACCAAAUCCUCCAAUAAGAACUACAAGUCGUGGAGCUAUUACUUAUCAUACACUUGGUCAUUUAACAAGACAUAAUAAUAAUAAUAAUAUAAAUAAUCAACAUCCACGUCCACUUAGUUUGCCUCAAAGUUUCCAUGUAACAAAUGAAUUGUAUUCAGCCUUAUGUCAAACUGAUUCUUCUAAAGAAUGUGUAAAACUUUUAACUGAAAAUAUUUAUAAAAAACACAAAACUAAACAAAAUAACAUUGAUACUAUUAAUAACAGUGAUAAAAACACAUCAGAAAUUUGUCAAGAUUGUCUUUUCUCUUCAUCUUAUGAUAUUUUAUCAAAGUAUAUAAAUAAACAACAAAGUCCAAGUGAAGAAAGUUUAUGGUGGUAUCAUCCGGUACAUCAGAAACGACGACGUAAACGUAAGCAUCAAUCUAAAAAUCAUAUUGAAGAUAAUAAAUCUACCCACCAUCAUCAUCAUCAUCAUCAGCAGCAGCAGCAUCAUCAUCAUUUUCAACACCAUCAUCAUUAUCAUCAUCAAAAUCAUUGUGAUCAAUCAAUUACAAAACAUCAUCAACAAUUAGAUAAUUAUAUAAGUAAUAUAUCAGAACAAUCAAGAGAUUUGUCAAUCCCCAUGAUCACGAAAUAUGAUACUACUGAAUUAAACAAUAAUGGACUAACAAAUUCUGCAUUGUAUUCAGAUAAAGGAAUUGAUUCACAACAAAAUUUAUGUGAAUCUAUAGAGCAUAAUGAUUUAAAACCAAAUACCGUUGUAAUAAAUGAUCAUGAAAAAUCAUCAUCGGCAUCUUCUUCAACAUCAUCAACAGCAAUAAUACCAUUACAACAACAACAACAACAAUACCAUACCAUAAAAUCUCAUCAUAAAAAUAUGAAUAAAUAUCAAUUCAUGAAUUCACAAUCAGAUUUAAGUUGGGAACAAGAAUUAUUAUGUUUAUCUCAUGAUCGUUUAGUUGCUUAUUUUGCUGAAAUGAAAGAAUCUAAUGCUUAACAAUUACAAUUCUUCUAUCCUUUUAUCAAUAACAAGAAAAAAGCAUAAUGACUUGUGAUCAUUCAAUAAUAUUCAUUAUGAUUUCAAUCUAUUUCAAGUAUAUAUUAUGUUUAGUUCAUGGCUAUAUUAGAUAUCACUUUUAUUUCCAUUAUAUUCAUUCAAUUCAUGACAUGUUAUCAAUAUUGAAUCAAUUUCAUUAUGUAAUAUGUAACCAUAGUAUUUCAUUAUAAUCAUUAAUCAUUUGUAAAUACACUAAAAUAUAUCUAUAUACAUAUACAUUAAUUUAGUACUAUGGAUUCAUUACAAUUAUAUCAAUCCACAAAUAUUCAUUGUUAUUCUUCUUUUUUCUUUUUCUUAUUUAUCUUCUUUGUCUUCUUU